AUGUUUCUGGUGGAGCACCAGUAUUUCCACAAAUUCACGGUGGUGGUGUUACGUGCCACCAAAGUGACCAAGGGGGCCUUCAGUGACAUGCUUGACACUCCAGAUCCAUAUGUGGAACUUUUCAUCUCCUCCACCCCUGAUAGCAGGAAGAGAACAAGACACUUCAAUAAUGAUAUAAACCCUGUGUGGAAUGAGACCUUCGAGUUUAUUUUGGAUCCUAACCAGGAAAAUGUUUUGGAGGUCACACUAAUGGAUGCCAAUUAUGUCAUGGAUGAAACUUUAGGGACAGCAACGUUCCCCAUUUCCUCUAUGAAAGUGGGAGAGAAGAAAGAGGUUCCUUUUAUUUUCAACCAAGUCACUGAAAUGUUUCUGGAAAUGUCUCUUGAAGUUUGUUUGUCCCCAGACCUCCGAUUCAGUAUGGCUCUGUGUGAUCAGGAGAAAACUUUCAGACAACAGAGAAAAGAAAACAUAAAGGAAAACAUGAAGAAACUCCUGGGUCCAGAGAAUAGUGAAGGUUUAUAUUAUACACGUGAUGUGCCUGUGGUCGCCAUAUUGGGCUCAGGUGGAGGCUUCCGAGCCAUGGUUGGAUUCUCAGGUGUGAUCAAGGCCCUGUAUGAAGUGGGAAUUUUAGAUUGUGCUACCUACAUUGCUGGUCUUUCUGGCUCCACAUGGGCAAAUAAAAAGAGAUGCAAGAUACCUUAG